AUGUUAACCUGCGUGGCACAUGGUUGUCUUUCAAAUGAAAGUACGAAAGUCAACGGACAAAACAUUUUGUUGUUUCCUUUUCCUGAAGAUGAAUUACAAAGGAGUCAAUGGUUCAAAAACUGUCAAUUGAGUGAGAACACUGAACAUGAUAAACCACUCUACCUCUGUGAAUUGCACUUUGAUAAAAUGAGUUUUACAGAUUCAAAGAAACUAAAUCCUAAUACUGUUCCAACUAUUUUUGAUAAAGUAGAUGAAGGUCAAAGAAAACGCAAGGCUGAAGAUGAGCUUCAAACUGGAUCAUCUAAAAUACCACCAUUGAAGCAAAAAAAAUUGGACGAUGAUUCACAUAGUUUAGUAACUCCUCCACAAAGCCCUUCUAUUCAAUUAGUGGAAAAUGUUGAAGAAAUAAAUGGAGAAUACAAGUUGGACAUAUCUUCUGAUCAUGAGAUAUCAUUAAAUGGAUCUACUGAUAUAAAACCUGAAUUGUAUCAAGAAAUUGAUAUAGGGAAAAAAUUAUAUCGUUUAACGAUACAAAUAGAUAAAAUAUAUGGAAAACCAUGUCCAAGAUCAAAGAAGCUGAGGGUGUUGGCACAGAUAAUGAAAGGUAGCCAAAAAUUUACUGAGAAUAUGAUUAACAUAGAUGAAGGAGAUGAGCCUUUAAAAAAGAUGAAUAGAGUAGCAAUUUGUGUAAAAGGUGGUUGUAAACUAAAGAAGUCAAUAUAUGAUUCAAAGCCAGCAUUUCAAUGUGAAUACUGUGAUAAAUAUUAUGUAAUGAAGAGAAGUAAUAAUCAAGAAGAGAAGAACACAUGUACUAUAUGUCAUAAGACAUUCUCAUCUUCACAGUCUCUGUACCUUCAUACUAAAACUCACUUUGUAUGUGAUAUGUGCCAAACUGAAUGUAGUUCACAAGUGACUUAUGAUAAGCAUAUAAGAUUACAUGUUAGUACCGAUCCAUUGUAUCCAUAUAAGUGUCAUCAGUGUACAGAAACGUUUGAACUGAAAGAUGACGUGAGACAGCAUUACUUAAUUGUUCAUCCUACCAUAAAAGUACAGAAUACAAUUUUACAAGUGACUACACCAUCUUUAACACAGCAAGUACCUCAACAACAGGAUUAUCGUUGUGUCAGUUGUAAUAUUACAUUUAGGAAUGAACAAGCCUAUAGGAAUCAUGUAAGUUCUCAUAAAAAGAAAGAAGGUUUAAGAUGCAGCAUUGGAGAUAGUACCAAUAAUAUAUUUCCAGUACCUAGUCCAUUAACUGGUAGUCAAAUAGGUAUUCUUCGAGCCGUAAAGUUCAGUUGUAGAGUGUGUUCAAUGGAAUUUGACAAUGUCGGCGAAGUUGAUAAACAUACGAGAACUCAUUUAGAGGAAGACAGUGAAGAGGAGCGCAAGUGUAAUAUCUGUAAAAAACUGUUCAAAACGGGCGCACAACUCAACGAACAUUUAAAGUACCACCUCUCUCGUGCACACUCUUGCCCCGUAUGUUCUAAAGCUUUUAUUAACAGAACUACCUUGAAAAUACAUUUAAAAACACACGGUGAAGCAUAAUUCAUUUUCGAUUCGCGGCUGUGUUUAGAAAUCAAAUAAUAUAUCAUGUUCACAUAUUUUC